AAAAGGCAUUGAAAAUACAGCAGUAUGCCUAUGAGGAUAAUGUAAUAUUGGUGCAAACUCAUUAUUUCCAAAAUAUGCCAAUAAGAAGAAAUGGUCCACCUGGAAGGCGAGGAAAGCCUGGACGACGAGGAGAUCCAGGGCCCUCUUGGACUGGAUGGCAAGCCAGGGCCUCCAGGAGCAAAAGGGGAAAAGGGUGAUCAAGGAGAGAUCGGGCCAAGGAUGGCUUUUCCUCGCCUCAGUCAUGGAUUUCUCUCUGACCAGCAUAUUUUUAGCCGACGUAUCCUUAAGGGAGAUCAAGGUAAUGAUGGCGCUGCUGGUCCACCAGGUCCUCCUGGACAGCCGGGUGCAAGAGGGCCCCCUGGAGACACAGGAAAAGAUGGCCCAAGGGGACCCCAAGGCCUUCCUGGUGAGAAAGGACAGCCUGGAGAACCUGGUAUUGUGGGUGAGCCUGGUAUUCCAGGAAAAAAAGGAGAACAAGGCAGUAUUGGGCCCAUAGGAGAGAAAGGCAAUGAAGGGCUGCCAGGGCCAAAGGGAGAACCAGGAAGCACUGGCCCAAUGGGAGACAAAGGCAUAGAUGGUCUACCAGGGCCAAAGGGAAAACCAGGAAGCAUUGGCCCAGUAGGAGAAAGAGGCAGAGAUGGGCCACCAGGGCCAAAGGGAGAACCAGGAAGCACUGGGCCAAUGGGAGAAAGAGGUAUAGAUGGUCUAUCAGGACCAAAGGGAGAACCAGGAAACAUUGGCCCAAUGGGAGACAAAGGCACAGAUGGUCUACCAGGGCCAAAGGGAGAACCAGGAAGCACUGGCCCAAUGGGAGACAAAGGCAUAGAUGGUCUACCAGGGCCAAAGGGAGAAGCAGGAAACAUUGGCCCAAUGGGAGACAAAGGCACAGAUGGUCUACCAGGGCCAAAGGGAGAACCAGGAAGCACUGGCCCAAUGGGAGACAAAGGCAUAGAUGGUCUACCAGGGCCAAAGGGAGAACCAGGAAGCACUGGCCCAGUGGGAGACAAAGGCAUAGAUGGUCUACCAGGGCCAAAGGGAGAAGCAGGAAACAUUGGCCCAACGGGAGACAAAGGCACAGAUGGUCUACCAGGGCCAAAGGGAGAACCAGGAAACAUUGGCCCAAUGGGAGAAAGAGGCACAGAUGGUCUACCAGGGCCAAAGGGUGAACCUGGUGAAAGAGGAGGAGAUGGACACAUUGGGCCAAGGGGUCCUCCAGGCCUGAAAGGAGAACAGGGUGAUACAGUAAUAAUUGACUAUGAUGGUAGAAUCUUGGAAGCUCUCAAGGCUGGAGGGAAGCUCAAAUUGACGGGCCCUCCAGGUCCUCAAGGGCCACCGGGCCCUCAAGGAGCCCCCGGACCAAAGGGGGAGCUUGGAUUGCCUGGUCCACCUGGAGUCGAUGGAGAGAAGGGUCACAAAGGUUCAAAAGGAGACCAAGGAAGCCCUGGGCUAAUAGGACUAAAAGGAGAGAGAGGAGAAAUUGGCAUGAUUGGCCCACCAGGUCCUAGAGGAUUGAAAGGAGACCAAGGAAGCCCUGGAUUAAUGGGAGAGAAAGGAGAGAUAGGAGAAAUGGGGUUGUCUGGUCCACCGGGAAUUGAUGGGCCAAAAGGAGAACCUGGUGUACCCUGUGAGCAGGAUCUCGUGCAGAUUAUACCUGAACCAGGACCUCCUGGCUUACCAGGUCAACCAGGUCCUACGGGUCCUCAAGGAAUACAGGGCCAUAAGGGUCCUCAAGGAAUUCAAGGCCAAAAGGGCUCAGAUGGUGCAAAGGGUGCAAAAGGUGAAAGUGGUCAUAAAGGCGAAAAAGGUGCCCCUGGACCACAUGGUCCUGCUGGUACUCCUGGGCUUAUUGGAUUACCAGGCACCAAAGGAGAGAAGGGAAAGCCAGGGGAACCAGGAUUAGAUGGUUUCCCAGGCCUAAGAGGAGAAAAAGGAGAAAAAAGUGAAAGAGGAGAGAAGGGAGAAAGAGGACUGCCAGGAAGAAAAGGAGCAAAAGGACAAAAAGGAGAACCAGGGCCUCCUGGAUUGGAUCAGCCUUGUCCAGUGUUCAUUUUUAAAGGGGAGCCAGGUUUACCUCAACUGGAUGGUGUGGAUAUGCUCUGCCCUUUGGGCCCAGAUGGAUUACCAGUACCAGGAUGUUGGCACAAGUGAUCCUACAAGCAUGAAUUAUGUAAAUAAUAGCGUGAUAUAUUUUAUCUUUUCUAAUUUUUAUAAAAAAGAGAGGGGAGAAAGUCACAAAAAACAAUGUCUUCAACAGUAAUAUAUUGAUCUUUUUAUACUGUAUGCUGUCAUGUAUGGAUUUCAAAGAUAUAAACAUUUCCAAAGCUCAUAGGAGAAGCAUACAUAAUAGCUACCAUUUUAUAACGGGACACUCUGAAAUCAUUGGGAAUGAUUGUUACUUGCUGUGUGGACUAACAGCACUGAGAAAAUUUGCCUAGUGUGCCUUAUUGCAUGAAGAAACUUCUCUCUUCUAAACGUUGGCUUUCAACUCUGCAAUUCUAUUGCACAUAGACACAGAUGCAAGCGGGGGAGAAAACAAAAAAGAAAAAAAAGACACACCCUUAGAAAUGAGACAAUGGUUUAUGGAUGAAUGUAGGAGGAACUUCCACCCUGGAUAAAUAACCCAAAUGUAACCACACAUGCUGCUACAUACCUCCACCUUGAAGAAAAUAGUUUCGUUCUCGGUCAUUAUGAUCAACUCUAUCAUCCGUGGCUGCUUCUCCAUAUGAAGAAAACUUUAUUGCUGGAAAAACCUCCAUUUAGCAUUCUGCAAUCUGUGACUUAAGGUGGAUUGAUUCUCUUGUGGAACUUUAUUACUGCAGAAUUGGAAAAUUUGGGGUGCCUCACUUACCAAACAGUUUUUUUAAAACACACACACAGGAGACAAUAAGACAUUCAUCUCAGUUUACAGAUUUGGAGCAAGACAUGAAUUCUGCUUAAAGCCUCUUCCAUGGCAUCAGUCUGUUGAGUGUCAACUUGUUUGUAAAAUUGGAAGUGAUUCCUGUAUGAAGUCCAAUUCUUACUUCCCUGGAUUGGCAGGGCUUGUUAUAUCAACACUGAUAAACUGGAUCUCUAUUUUUG